AUGAGGCUGGCUGGGUGGAGUGUGGUGUUCCAUCCUGUAUGGACAAAACAGAUGCGCUAAAACUGUUAUGAUCAGAGCAACUCCUUGGGAGGGAGGUUGAGAGGCAGGGAUUGAGAAAACAGACGAUCCAGUCUUCUCCUGAAGCUCCCAUGUGUUCAAUGACAGUUGUACCUGUGCUUUUUGCUCAUAAUUGUUGUUCUAUCCGCCCUCCCUCCUCCCCCCUCCUCCCUCCACCAUCCCCACCACCCCUCAGGUCCAGGCCCCACCCAGGAGGAGCUGAGGCGGAGGGUAGAGAACGGUGUGAGGGAGCUCUGGUACUUUGUCCGCAGCGAGGUGAAGAACCUGGGUCACGUGGAGUCCGGGGAGAGGCCCAGACAGGCUGACACCCUGCUACAAGACCUGGGACACCAGCAGAGGUCAGAGAAACACACACACACACAGAGACAGAUGCACAUGCACACAUACAGUACAUAAACACAAACAUGCACGCAUGCACUCACACAUCUUAAAAGCCUUCCACAGGCUGCCCCCCCCCCUCCCCCCACACAUACAGAAACGCACACACACAUUUCCUUUCCACUCCUCUCUCCCCUCCACUCUUUCUUCCUUUGUGUUGGCGUAGAGCUCACAGAGAGCAGGGAGCGGUUGAGACAUGAGACACACGUUUACGUAGUUGAUGGGCCCUGUAAGACUGCAGUGCACCCCAGCCCUCUCUCCCCUCCUCCCUCCCUCCUUCUCUCUGCCUCCUUGUUGAUUUAUUGCAUACUUGUAAAUGGGGCAAUAAUUGCCCACCAAUUGGAGCGGGUAAUCAGUAUUCAGGGACGCUCAGCUCAGCCGCCCGUCAACCCCUGUCUCCAGCCUGCAGCUUCGAAAGUCUGCAUCCGCGGCAAGCGCCGGGCCGAGGAAGCCCCCACAAGCCACACAGAACACGCCACACAGAGAAGGAGAUGGAGCAUGCACACAGAAAUCCACACACACACACAUAUACAACCAACCAAAGAAGCCCCCCUCUCGUCUCCGAAAGCCCACAGGGUCAGUCUGUCUAUUCUUUCAACUAAAUAUUAUUCAGUAACUGGUUCCACAGCCUUUUUUUUUGUUUACUCAACUCUUUGGUCAAAGUGUUACCUGAAUUUAAAAUGUUUAGUUGGCCCAGACUUAGCUCCAACAUGAGAACACUUAAAAUUAUGUGUUUUCUCAAAUUGUCUCAUAUGUUCAUUCAACUAGAAAGUAUUAUUUGGGCAUCUUACCUAAAAAAAGGUUAGGAACUAGUUACACACACACACACAGUGCUUUUAACAUACAAUGUUUUCAACUUACAUAUUUGACACACGUUGACAUACAUCCCAGCAAAUCGGGAACAAUCCCAGAACAUUACCCAAGAUUCCCAUUAAGUUCUAGUUAGGGUUUUAUCUGACAUUAGGAUGAUAACAUCCCAAAAACAUUCAAAGAAUGUUUUGAUAACAUAUUUUUUUAAAUGUUUUAAUUAAAAUAUAUGCUUGGAAUUUUCUCCUAAUAUUCACUAAAAUAUUAUGCACAACAUCUGUAACAACCAUCACAGAACAUUCCUCAAAAGUUCACAUUAGAUUUCCAGGUAAUGUAAUAACACAAUGAACCAGUAAUGUUUUCUCAUCAAAACAAAAUUGGUUCUGUGAAAGUUCCCAGAACAUAACACAAAAACUGUCCAGUCGUGCUGAAGAUUAUAGAAUGUUUGCCUGAUGUUGCAAGAACGUUCCUAGAACACAUUUAAAGCUGCAAUACUGUAUGUAUCACGGCUCAGGCUAAGACCCAGAUGCAGACGCAGGAAGCAGAUAGUACUAGUUUCAGAGUUUACUAUAGUUCAAGGGGCAGGCAAAAGGUAAGGCAAGCAAAGAGUCGUAAUCCAAAUCGGAGUCAGGCAGGAUCAGGACAGGCAGAAAGGUCAGAACUGGGAAGACUAGGAAAAGCAAAAACUAGCUCACAGGAAAUAUGGGAACACGCUGGUAGGACUUGACAGGACAAGACGAACUGGCAACAGACAAACAGAAAUCACUGGUAUAAAUACACAGGGGAUAAUGGGGACACCUGGUGGGGGGUGGAGACAAGCACAAGACAGGUGAAACAGAUCAGGGCGUGACAGUACGUGAGUAAUAGAUCUGUCAUUCUCAAUGAAAGCAUGUCUAAGAAGCGGUAGAUCUCUUCUACUGUACAGUGGAUUGUGAAAGUAUUCACCCCCCUUGGCAUUUUUCCUAUUUUGUUGCCUUAUAACCUGGAAUUGAAAUUGAUUUUUUGGGGGUUUGUAUCAUUUGAUUUACACAACAUGCCUACCACUUUGAAGAUGCAAAAUAAAAAUUUUUGUGAAACAAACAAGAAAUAUGACAAAAAAACAGAAAACUUGAGCUUGCAUAACUGUUCACCCCCCCCCAAAGUAAAAACUUUGUAGAGCCACCUUUUGCAGCAAUUACAGCUGCAAGUAUCUUGGGGUAUGUCUCUAUAAGCUUGGCACAUCUAGCCACUGGGAUGUUUGCCCAUUCUUCAAGGCAAAACUGCUCCAGCUCUUCAAGUUGGAUGGGUUCCGCUGGUGUACAGCAAUCUUUUAGUCAUACCACAGAUUCUUAAUUGGAUUGAGGUCUGGGCUUUGACUAGGCCAUUCCAAGACAUUUAAAUGUUUCCCCUUAAACCACUCGAGUGUUGCUUUAGCAGUAUGCUUAGGGUCAUUGUCCUGCUGGAAGGUGAACCUCCGUCCCAGUCUCAAAUCUCUGGAAGACAGAAACAGGUUUCCCUCAAGAAUUUCCCUAUAUUUAGCCGAUAAAAAACAUGGUGUUCUUGGGGUAAUGAGAGGUGUUGGGUUUGCGCCAGAAUAGUCUCAUCUGACCAGAGUACCUUCUUCCAUAUGUUUGGGGAGUCUCCCACAUGCCUAUUGGUGAACACCAAACGUGUUUGCUUAUUUUUUUCUUUAAGCAAUGGCUUUUUUCUGGCCACUAUUCCGUAAAGCCCAGCUCUGUGGAGUGUACGGCUUAAAGUGGUCCUAUGGACAGAUACUCCAAUCUCCGCUGUGGAGCUUUGCAGCUCCUUCAGGGUUAUCGUUGGUCUCUUUGUUGCCUCUCUGAUUAAUGCCCUCCUUGCCUGGUCCGUGAGUUUUGGUGGGCGGCACUCUCUUGGCAGGUUUGUUGUGGUGCCAUAUUCUUUCAAUUUUUUAAAUAAUGGAUUUAAUGGUGCUCCAUGGGAUGUUCAAGUUUCUGAUAUUUUUUUAUAACCCAACCCUGAUCUCCACAACUUUGUCCCUGACCUGUUUGGAGAGCUCCUUGGUCUUCAUGGUGCCGCUUGCUUGGUGGUGCCCCUUGCUUAGUGGUGUUGCAGACUCUGGGGCCUUUCAGAACAGGUGUAUAUAUACUGAGAUCAUGUGACAGAUCAUGUGACACUUAGAUUGCACACAGGUGGACUCGGGGCCGAAACUGAUUGAAUCGGCCCGGAAUCGGGUGUCGGACUCGGCCCGGAACAUCGGGCCAUUUCCGUCUACCGGAAUUCAGCUGACUUUGCCGGCAUCUUACCAGAAUCAACCCAGAAGCAGGCCGAUGCAAAUUUAAAUGAAUGUAUACAAGAUUACCCAAAUUAGUAAUUUUUUAUAUUACUAUUAUACAUAAAAAUAUACCCGUACACAAAGUUUUAAUUUUAUACCCAUAUCCAAUUGGUAGUUACAGUCUUGUUCUAUCGCUGCAACUCCUGUACGGCCUCGGGAGAGGCGAAGGCUGGUUGCAACACAGACGGGUAUCAAACCAGCAUCUGUAGCAACGCAGCUUGCACUGCAAUGCAGUGUCUUAGACCGCUGCGCCACUCGAGAGGCCCCAUCCACAAAGUUUUUAAUGCUGAUCAAUUGCCUUGCACAAAGUAUCAAAAUACAAAAAUACUACUUAAAGACUCUUAAAGAAUUUAUCUUAAAUGUACAUUUUAUUUUUUGAUCACAGAAACAAUGAGAAAAUAGGGAAAAAUAAAUAAAUAAUGAAAUGUUAAUUAUAUAAAGCAGCCUGUGUAAUCAUCUGUCAGAGAGUAGCCACUAUCAGCCCGAGACCCAAGUAAAACAUUUGGGCCAGAUAACUCACACCGGAAUCGGCCCGAGCUCCAAGUAAUACAUUUGGACCAGAUAACUCACACCGGAAUCGGCCCGAGCUCAAUCCCUGCACCCUAGCCAUAAGUAAUACUGCCGAAGGCGGCCCAGAUGACGUCGGCCGAGUCUGACUCUCAGCCGAGUGCCCCAAAUCUCAGCCGGAAUCGGCCCAGAUCCACAGUGCUAGCUGGGUUUGAAGGGGGUAUAGUAGUAGGUGCCAGAAGCACCGGUUUGUGUCAACAACUGCAACGCUGCUAGGUAUUUUACGCUCAACAGUUUCCCGUGUGUAUCAAGAAUGACCCACCACCCAAAGGACAUCCAGCCAACUUACACAACAGUUUUACAUUUUAGUCAUUUAGCAGACGCUCUUAUCCAGAGCGACUUACAGUUAGUGAGUGCAUACAUUAUUUAAUUUAAAUUUUUCAUACUGGCCACCUGUGGGAAUCGAACCCACAACCCUGGCGUUGCAAACGCCAUGCUCUACCAGCUGAGCUACAUCCCUGCCGGCCAUUCCCUCCCCUACCCUGGAUGACGCUGGGCCAAUUGUGCCCCAUGGGUCUCCCGGUCGCAGCCGGCCACGACAGAGCCUGGAUUCGAACCAGGAUCUCUAGUGGCACAGCUAGCACUGCGAUGCAGUGCCUUAGACCACUGCGCCACUCGACUAUGGGAAGCAUUGGAGUCAAGAUGAGCCAGCAUCCCUGUGGAACGCUUUCGACACCUUGUAGAGUCCAUGCCCUGACGAAUGCAGCUCAUCUAUUAGUUUGCUAAUAUCUGAUCAGACACAUUUAGCAUGCUAUAGCAUGUACAUUUCAACUACAGAAACAAACAAGCGUCAUAGAUAAACAAUCUAUCAUAUGUACCACUGCAUCAAAUCCUAAUUACAAUCACAUUCCUCAAUAACAUGUGAGUCAACCAAACUUUUAAACUCCUCCAAGGAAACAAGAUCCUGGAGUUUCAAGCUGGUCUGGAGAGAAUUCCAAGACCACAGAGCUGAGGAGCUAAAACGCUUUUUGCCAUGAUCCGUUCUGAUUAUAGGAACCGUAAAAGUAAGUAGGAGUGAGACCGUAACUGGUAUUUAUUUUAUGACCUUAUCAAAUAAGAACAGAGAUAAAGUGGCAGUUUUCCCAAAAUGGCCUUAGAUCAUAGUAUACCAAUGUUGAAGCCUAUGUACUGUAGAGUCAACGAAGACCAGACAAUCAGCUCUUUUCUGGCCUCCAGAGAAAAAUGAGCCUUAUGCCAGUAAUAAAACCUCUUCUCAACCUGAUUUUCUUUACCAGGUUCUCAACAUGAUUAGUGAAGAUCAGCUUCUCAUCCACCCAAACUCACAGAUAUGUGUACGUCUUGACUUGCUCUAUGGAAUUCCUUUCCAAAGUAGUAAUGACAUGGUUUUCAGAGUGUUUAGUAUUGGAAAAUACCAUGUAUUUUGUUUUAGAGGAAUUCAGAACAAGCUUCAAAUUGUACAGAUUCUGUUGAAUGAUGUUAAAAGCAGUUUGAGCUUUUUCAAAAGCCAAAGUCAAACUCCUGCCACUUGAAUAGAGAACAGUGUCAUUCGCAUUAAACAUUUACAUCAGCUGUCUCAAUAUGUCUCCCAAUGUUGUUGAUCUAGAUAAUAAACUACAGGGGACCUAAAAUGGAUCAUUGAGGCACACCUGAGUGCAGCUCUAUGAUGUCAGACUUACAACCAUCUGCCUUAACACACUGGGUUCUAUUUGACAGGUAGUUCACAAACCACUCUAGAGCAUGACCAGUAAUCCCAAUACACUUCCGUUUCUGCACCAAUACAGUAUGGUCCACAGUGUCAAAUGCCGUUGACAAAUCUAUGAGCAUAUCUAAUACAUGUACACUGUUAUUAUCCAGAGCACAGUGAAUAUCAUCCAAAACCUUCAAUGUUGCUGUAACAGUGCUGUGGCUUGUCCUGAAACCUGAUUGCAUAACACUCAAAAUAUUGUUUUCCUGGAAGUUGGCCUUAAGCUGCUUAUUGACUAGGAACUCCAAUACUUUUGCCAAAACAGACCAUUUUGAUAUGGGCUGAUAGUUAUUCAGUAAAGUGGGGUCACCUCCUUUCAAAAGAAGUAGGACAAAUGCUGAUUUCCACAACUUGGGGAUUUCAUUACAUUUUAGGGUGAGGUUAAAAAUGCAUGUUAAAGGAGGAGCAAUGAUUACAUUUGUCUGCAGAUAAUUGUAAUAGGCAGGGGUCUAGGUCAUCAGGGCCAGGGGAUUAUUUUUACAUCAAUUGCUUUCACAGCUCUACGCACCUCUGAGACAGAGAAGGGGAUCAUGGAGAAGGAGUGGAUGGGAGUUGUGAGAGAAGAAUUAACAUGUAACAUGUUUACCUGCUUUGUUUAAUAUUAAUAGUUAACAAUUAUAUACUGUUCUACUAAUGCUGUGUUUUUGUAAAUGGAUGGUUUCUACUGCUGCUCACUGCAGCUAGUCUAAGCGUGUGGUUGUCACGUUGUAUAAUGAUUAGAAGACAGGAGCUGGAAAACGUAUUAGGGGUUUUAUUUACUCCACCCAACACAAGGUACGUCAUGAAAAACCACGGGGACGAAGCCCAAAACAAACACGUAUAUAAACUCAGCAAAAAAAGAAAUGUCCCUUUUUCAGGACCCUGUCUUUCAAAGAUAAUUCGUAAAAAUGCAAAUAACUUCACAGAUCUUCAUUGUAAAGGGUUUAAACACUGUUUCCCAUGCUUGUUCAAUGAACCACAAACAAUUAAUGAACAUGCACCUGUGGAACGGUCGUUAAGACACUAACAGCUUACAGACGGUAGGCAAUUAAGGUCACAGUUAUGAAAACUUAGGACACUAAAGAGGCCUUUCUACUGACUCUGAAAAACACCAAAAGAAAGAUGCCCAGGGUCCCUGCUCAUCUGUGUGAACGUGCCUUAGGCAUGGUGCAAGGAGGCAUGAGGACUGCAGAUGUGGCCAGGGCAAUGAAUUGCAAUGUCCGUACUGUGAGAUGCCUAAUACAGCACUACAGGGAGAAAGGACGGACAGUUGAUUGUCCUGGCAGUGGCAGACCACGUGUAACAACACCUGCACAGGAUCGGUACAUCCGAACAUCACACCUGCGGGACAGGUACAGGAUGGCAACAACAACUGCCCGAGUUACACCAGGAACGCACAAUCCCUCCAUCAGUGCUCAGACUGUCCACUAUAGGCUGAGAGAGGCUGGACUGAGGGCUUGUAGGCCUGUUGCAAGGCAGGUCCUCACCCGACAUCACCAGCAACAACGUCACCGAUGGGCACAAACCCACAGUCGCUGGACCACACAGGACUGGCAAAAAGUGCUCUUCACUGACGAGUCGUGGUUUUGUCUCACCGGUGGUGAUGGUCGGAUUCGCAUUUGUCGUCAAAGGAAUGAGCGUUACACCGAGGCCUGUACUCUGGAGCGGGAUCAAUUUGGAGGUGGCGGUGUGUCACAGCAUCAUCGGACUGAGCUUGUUGUCAUUGCAGGCAAUCUCAACGCUGUGCGUUACAGGGAAGACAUCCUCCUCCGUCAUGUGGUUUUCUUCUUGCAGGCUCAUCCUGACAUGACCCUCCAGCAUGACAAUGCCACCAGCCAUACUGCUCGUUCUGUGCGUGAUUUCCUGCAAGACAGGAAUGUCAGUGUUCUGCCAUGGCCAGCGAAGAGCCCGGAUCUCAAUCGCAUUGAGCACGUCUGGGACCUGUUGGAUCGGAGGGUGAGGGCUAGGGCCAUUCCCCCCAGAAAUGUCCGGAAACUUGCAGGUGCCUUGGUGGAAGAGUGGGGUAACAUCUCACAGCAAGAACUGGCAAAUCUGGUGCAGUCCAUGAGGAGGAGAUGCACUGCAGUACUUAAUGCAGCUGGUGGCCACACCAGAUACUGACUGUUACUUUUGUGGAACUUGUUCAGUUUAUGUCUCAGUUGUUGAAUCUUGUUAUGUUCAUACAAAUAUUUACACAUGUUAAGUUUGCUGAAAAUAAACGCAGUAGACAGUGAGAGGACGUUUCUUUAUUUGCUGAGUUUAUCUCCUAGAUAUAGGACAGACAUGUCAAAAUCUUAUUCCUUACGAUUGAUUUUUUUGACUGGCUUUUUUGCCAUUUAUGAAUGUGUUAUUCAAUGCGUUUCUAUGGGCUAUAGUAGUAAAGGCCAAAUUCAAUAUUUUAUCAAAUAUUUUAUAUAUAUAUAUAUUCUUUAUACCUAAAGGGGUCCUAAAAUUUAAAAUUAAAUAGCUAAAUGAUCCACGGUAUGACUAUCUUAAAACAAGUCCAUAUGUCAGCUUAGAACCCCCCCAACGGCUUAGACUCUUAAGAAUUUUAAAGAAUAAGAAACCAGAAUGGAAUACAAACACCUAAUUAUUAGAACAGCAUUUAAUCAUACAAACCAAACCAUAUUUUUACACUUCAUAUGUGGACAAUCUGUACAUGUGGGGUUUGAACCUGCAAUUUUUGGUUCCCAAGGCAGGUCUUUCAUCCUGUUCGCCACCAGGAAAGCUCUCUUACCAGUCUUGCUUUUUCAGUAUGGCACUAUUGUCAAUCAGGAAUUCCAUGUUUCCUUUUUAGCCUUCUUAGACAUAACUAACCCAGAGAAAUACUGGUAAGUAGGUUAUUCACCAUCACCAUUCUCUUUAUAUGCUUCGUACUUCUGGGCCCAUAUUUACAAGGUAUCCAAGACUAUGAGUGCUGAUCUAGGAUCACUUUUGCUUUUCAGAUCAUGAAAAAUAAGACAGGGGGGACCAUAUCAAGCGUCUCAAAGUAGGAAUUUUAUUGGGUGGUUUUCUAAAGUUAAACAGUCCAUUUUUACACAAUGUUAAAUUUUUUACAGUUAGUCUAAAUUCUACAUUUCUGACUGGAUUUAUAAAUCUGGAUGAAAUAAAGACAUACUCUCUUUUAUACUGAACAAAAACAUAAAUGCAACAUGUAAAGUGUUGGUCCCAUGUUUAAUGAGCUGAAAUAAAUGAUCCCAGAAAUAUUCCAAAUGCACAAAAAGCUUAUUUAUGUAAAAAAAAAGAUUAAGAUAUUUGUUUACAUCCCUGUUAGUGAGCAUUUCUCCUUUGCCAAGAUAAUCCAUCCACCUGACAGGCAUAUUAAGAAGCUGAUUAAACAGCAUGAUCAUUACACAGGUGCACCUUGUGCUGUGCACAAUAAAAGGCCACUGUAAAAUAUGCAGUUUUGUCACACAAUGCCACAGAUGUCUCAAGAGCUGUUGCCAGAUAAUUGAAUAUUAAUUUCUCUAACAUAAGCUGCCUCCAACGUUGUUUUAGAGAAUUUGGCACGUUGUUUUAGAGAAUUUGUUCGGCCAACUGGGCGAACGGUUUGCUGAUGUCAAUGUUGUGAACAGAGUGCCCCAUGGUGGCGGUGGGGUUAUAGUAUGUGCAUAAGGUAUGGACAAUGAACAUUUUAUCAAUGGCAAUUUGAAUGCACAGAGAUACUGUGACGAGAUCCUCGAGGCCCAUUGUCGUGCCAUUCAUCUGCCGUCAUCACCUUAUGUUUUUCAGCAUGAUAAUGCACGGCCCCAUGUCGCAAAGAUCUGUACACAAUUCCUGGAAGCUGAAAAUGUCCCAGUUCUUCCAUGGCCUGCAAACUCACUAGACAUGUCACCCAUUGAGCACGUUUGGAAUGCUCUGGAUCGACAUGUAUGACAAUGUGUUCCAGUUCUUCGCACAAUAUCCAGCAACUUCGCAUAGCCAUUGAAGAACAGCCUGAUCAACUCUACGCGAAGGAGCUGUGUAGCACUGCAUGAGGCAAAUGGUGGUCACACCAGAUACUGACUGGUUUUCUGAUCCACGCCCCUCGCUUGUUGUUAAGGUAUCUGUGAACAAAAGAUGCAUAUCUGUAUUCCCAAUCAUGUGAAAUCCAUAGAUUAGAGCCUAAUGAUUUUAUUUCAAUUGACUGAUUUUCUUAUAUGAACUGUAACUCAUUAAAAUAUUUGAAAUUGUUGCAUGUUGCAUUUACAUUUUUGUUCAGUAUAGUAGAUUAUACCUGAGCCUCAAUAUCACUCUUUUUCUUUUCUCAAAAGAAAUGUGAUUAAAGAAUACACGGGAUUGAAUCUGCAAUCUCCAUUAUUAUUCUGUGCCACCAUUGGAUAGCUGUUCCAACACUGUUCCCACAACCUAAUUAAAUGUUCUGGGGAACCUUUAAAGAAUUCAGAAAGGCUGAUCUGUCAACAUUCUUGCAACAUCAAACGAAUGUUUUGUGCACCCUGAUAGAAACAUUAUAUAAAUGUUAGCACAACUGGACAGUUUUAGUGUUUUGGGAAACUAUCUAUUUUCAUGUCCCCACAAUGUUCCCACAACCUAAAGAAACAUUAUGGGAACCAUUAAAGAACUGAUUAAAUGUGUUCUGGGAAUGGUCAUGUGAUAUCAGGUGAAUGUUUUUUGCAACCUAAAAAAAACAUUGUAGAAUCAUCCACACAACUGGACAGUUUUUGUGUUUUGGGAACAUGUCUUUUGUGAUAUCCCCACAAUGUUUUCAGCAGACUUUUCCCACAACCUAAUGAAACAUUCUGUGAACCUUUAAAGAACAGAUUAAACGUGUUCUAGGAACUUACUUGUAACAUCAGGUAAAUGUUUUAUACAAACAUUCUAUAAUCAUCAUUACGACUGGACAGUUUUUGUGUUAUGAGAACAUUUGCCGCAACCUAAGGAAUGUUCUGGGAUUCUUCACUUUUGGUUUGCUGGGAUGAUUACAUAGUGCAUGUUUAUUUAUACAGUAAUUCAUACUCAACAUGUCCUUACCUUUGAACAGAUUGGUUCACAGCAUUCCAAUCUUCCUGCUACGCCACCCUGUGUGUUUAAAGAACUGAGUUCACCUGUAUUGCUACACUUUGCACUUGAAAGUAAAUCUCAGCUCUGUUAAAAGUACAUUCAGGAAAAACUAUUUUAUUUAUCAUAGUGAUUAAGGAGUAACAUUAAAACAGAGUAAUAUGCCCCACCAACAUUAGACAAUUAUACAGAAAAACCUAAAAUACUUAAAUAAGUAAAUCAGUUAAAUUAGUUAAGAUGUCCAAGUAAUAAUGUCUAGUUCAGUGACCAUAUGAGACAAGUUGAGCAAACUCAUCAUUUGUAAUUGACUUUACAGUUUUCUCAAAUUGGAGCUAAGUUUGGGUCAACAUUUUUUGUUUUGUUUCGGUAAUACUUGGAACCAGUUACUUGAUAAUAAUUUGUUGAAACAACUAGAUUUGUAUUUUUUAUUUUUUAUUUACAGUGGAUGUUAACUCAGUGCCUACCGGAGAAUUGUAGGUCUCUCACAGGGAGACUGUAAAGGAGUUUGACAUGGCUUCAUAUAAAACACACAUGUUGUGGUUUAAGAUUAAAUAUGGAUGCAUGAGCAAUGAUUAUGUCUUGCCAGAGAACGUGUGUGUGUGUGUGUGUGUGUGUGUGUGUGUGUGUGUGUGUGUGUGUGUGUGUGUGUGUGUGUGUGUGUGUGUGUGUGUGUGUGUGUGUGUACACGUGUAUGUGUGUGUAAGUGUGCGAGUGUGCUUGUGCUUGUGCUCAGGAGGUUUCCCACCCUGAGGAUGUGACUGAUUUGGGUCACUGAAAUUAAUUGAGCCAUGCUGGUUUUCAGAGAUGGGAAACUGCUAUAUCUGUGUGUCUGUGCUAUGUAGCACACUGGACUUAUGGCUAUAUUUGUCUGUCUCUUUUUGUGCAUCUGUGUGUCUGUGUGCGUGUGUAUGUGUGCGUGCGUGUGUGUGUGUGUGUGUGCAGGUCUAUCAUGACAGACCUGUACUACCUCAGCCAGGCUGACGGAGUGGGAGACUGGAGAGUUAAGGAAGCCAGGGACCUGUCUAACCUGGUGCAGAGCAGGAUCACCUACCUACAGGUACACACACACACAUGUAUGUAAUAACGUACACACAAACACAUGUAGGAACACACAGACAUAGACACGAACACAACAUGCACACACAGACACAGAAACGAACACAACACACACACACACUCUUUCUCACACCUGCUCUUCUCUACCUAACACAAGCCAAACCUGUCAGAAUCACCAUAGAUGAAACACAUCGUGUUUAAAGGUCUGACUGCUGUCUGAUGCCUGUAUUUCAUAUAUCCUGUCAAACACACACACACACAGACACACACACACACUACCCUCCGACCAUACCCACUUUCUGUCAUCCCCUCAUAUACCCUCCACCCCCAGUGACCCAGGAGUCUCCCCUCAGCCCUCCUCCCUUCCCCAGUGUGGGUGCAGCAGGCCUGGGGUGGGGCUGUGCGGCACUGGGCCCUGCAGCAUUAAUGAGCCUUGAUGUUUGAUGAAGAGAGCCAGAGUGAGUGUUACUGGGCGGAGACGCCAUGGCUAACAGCUGCUGUCACCACCGCUGAGGGAUCACACAGCUCCACUGGCCCCCAUCACUAAUUCAUCACCCACACACAGUCCUCACAGGCAGGUGCACACACACACACACACUUAGGGAGCAAGGGACCCCCCUCCCCCUUCUACCUCUUACACUUCUGUCAGUAGCAUCAAUCCCAGGUCUACACACACACACACACACACGGACGUGCAUGAGCACACAUACACCCUUCCCUCACCCCACCCCACCAACCUCAGCCCCAGCGCCCUUCGGUCCCUGGCCCGGCUGACUCCAUCAAUGUGUCUGUCUGUCUGUCUGUCUGUCUGUCCCCCUGCGCCCUCUUCAAUGAGAAUACAGUGGCCUUUACAUGGCCUUUGUUCAGUGUCACACAGUACCACCUUCAUUGUCACAGACACAAACACAAACACACACAGUACCUCCUCCAUUGUCAGCCUUCCACUUUAACUUCUGCUUCUAUAGCACAUCAUCAGUUCUGAACCAGCUGAUUGUAGGUCAUAUAUAAUAGGAGUCACCCUCUCUCGCUCUCUAUCUCUCUCUUUCACACUCACACACACACACACACACACACACACACACACACACACACACACACACACACACACACACACACACACACACACACACACACACACACACACACACAAACAAACACAUUUUCAGUCUACUGUAUUUUAACUAGAAAAAGCAGUUUUUUAAGGGCUACUUAACCUAUAGUAGUAAAUGUCAGCCUUGGUAUUUCACUCGCCCCAUAAUUACCAUUGAACUGUGUCUCCUAGCACAUUUGAAUUGCAUGAAUCUGUCAUUUUUAAACAACCAAAGUAGUUCAGAGCUUGUGCGCUCAUGGUUGUUUGUCGUUCUGAUUUAACGCCAUGCUCCAAAAGAGAUACUCUGGGGCUCGCUGGUGUAAAACUGACUUUCAAGUCUUUGUUGUCGAGACUCGCGACAACACACCAGAUUAUUAGUAUUUAAAUAAAAUGUAGUUUACAAAAGUUCAAUCAGGAAGACUGGUCUGAAUGCUUGUUUAACUUCAUCCAGUAAGCCUAACAUAAUUCACUUUGUUUCCAAUUCUACUGGCAUAGUGGGAAUGAAUACAAAUGUACAAAAGUAUGUGGACACCCCUUCAAAUUAGUGCUGUUAUUGUGAAGUGGAAACGUAUAGGAGCAACAAUGGCUCAGCCGCGAAGUGGUAUGGGACUAACUCACAGAACGGGACCACCGAGUGCUGAAGCGCGUAGCAUGUACAAAUCUUCUGUUCUCGGUUGCAACACUCACUACCGAGUUCCAAACUGCCUCUAGAAGCAACGUCAGCACAAGAACUGGUUGUCGGGAGCUUCAUGAAAUGGGUUUCCAUGGCCGAGCAGCCGCACACAAGCCUAAGAUCACAAUGCGCAAUGUCAAGCGUCGACUGGAGUGGUGUAAAAUCGCCACCAUUGGACGCAGUGGAAACGCGUUCUCUGGAAUGAUGAAUCACGCUUCACCGUCUGGCAGUCCGAUGGAUGAAUCUGGUUUGGCAGAUGCCAGGAGAAAGCUACCUGCAUAGUGCCAACUGUAAAGUUUGGUGGAGGAGGCUGUUUUUCAUGGUUCUGGACCCUUAGUUCCAGUGAAGGGAAAUAUUUACGCUACAGCAUACAAUGACAUUCUAGACGAUUCUGUGCUUCCAACUUUGUGGCAACAGUUUGGGGAAGGCCCUUUCCUGUUUCAGCAUGACAAUUCCCCCAUGCACAAAGAGAUGUCCAAACAGAAAUGGUUUGUCGAGAUCAGUGUGGAAGAACUUGACUGCUCAAAAACCUGACCUCAACCCCAUCGAACACCUUUGGGAUGAAUUGGAACGCCGACUGUGAGCCAGGCCUAAUCGCCCAACAUCAGUGCCCGACCUCACUAAUGCUCUUGGGGCUGAAUGGAAGCAAGUCCCCACAGCAAUGUUCCAACAUCUAGUGGAAAGCCUUCCCAGAAGAGUAGAGGCUGUUAUAGCAGCAAAGGGGGGACCAACUCCAUAUUAAUGCCCAUGAUUUUGGAAUGAGAUGUUUCGACGAGCAGGUGUCCACAUACUUUUGGUCAUGUAGUGUAUCAUCAGCAUAGGGUCUUGCCAACCUUAAGGCCCAUCAUUGGAACUCCUUUCCCCCAGCGGAGGUGUUUCAAUGUCAAAAGCCCCGCAUAGGGCUACCUGCCAUCAGAUGAAAGCCCCGCAUAGGGCUACCUGCCAUCACAUCAUCUGAGACAAGGCCAUUCACCAAACGAUUUAAUAAAAUGUCAUAUUGCAUUCCAUCUUUGUUGUUUAUUCAGUAAAGCCUGUACUCAAUUGAACUGUAAGUGUGAUACCUAUGGGGCCAAUAUGGAGAACAGGAGCGAUAUUUACCUCAAACACACACACACACACAGAGAGAGAUUCCUCAAAGGAAAUCUUCCCAGUGGCUUGUUUGUUGCUUCGUUGACAUCUGCUUGUGUUGUUCAGGUUAUUAUUGAACGCCAGCGGUAAUACAUUUGGAACAUGAAGGAACAUUAGCUCUCCUCUAGUUUUUAAACAGACAAGCGGUGUGAUAACGUUAGCGCUUGCCAGACGCCUUGCCGCCAUGAUUACCGCCAACCAGCUUCAGCUGUGACAGCCUAAUGAGCAAAACACUCGCAUUGCAGAGUAAAUUGCUAUUUAGAAAGAUGUUGGCACAAGUGGGUGCAGAGUGAGGUGAAGGGGCCACCAAAGAUGGUAGAUAAAUGAAGAUAGUUCACUCAGGCCAUUUACCAUUGAAUUUUUUUUUUGUUCCUGUCUAAAGGGGGUGGCUCUUCCAUAGACACCAAUGCUAUAGCAGCUGGGUCUGGUCUACUUAGUUUAUUGACUUCCAUUGAAACAGGAAAAAUUAGGGAGUGGGAUAUUUUGCUUCCUCUUCUGUCUCUGUGGGGCACGACGCGGCGCCGCAUGGCAUCAUUUUGCCACCGCUCGUCUGAUGUGGUGUAGUUGAAAACGGUGGCAUGGUCUCACAUUGUGAUUUACAGGUGCCAUUUUGAGAGAAUGCUUUAUUUCUCUCGCUCAGAUUUUGGGAGAUCUCUUUUUGUGCCUAAUUUUCUUAUAAACGGGGAUGUCAUGACAGACAGAGAGGGGAAGAGAGUGAAAGAGAGCGAGAGAGAGCAAGAGGAGAGCUAUAGGCUAAAUGUGAUAUCAUAAGUUAGAGAACAACGCUCAAAAAGCUAUUUGGGCCCCCCAGAGGUCAAGUGGUCAAACGUAUGUUCUAACACCCAUAUGUCUCUCUUUCCCCCAUCCCCCUCUGUCGUUUUCUUCACUCCCUCUGUCUCUUUCUCCCUCUCAUACUCCCUGUCUCUACCUCUCCCUCCCCCCUCACCAGAACCCCCAGGACUGCAGCAAGGCCCGUAAGCUGGUGUGUAACAUCAACAAGGGCUGUGGCUAUGGCUGCCAGCUGCAUCACGUGGUCUACUGCUUCAUGAUCGCCUAUGGCACCCAGCGCACCCUCAUCCUGGAGUCCCACAACUGGCGCUAUGCCACGGGUGGCUGGGAGACCGUCUUCCACCCCGUCAGCAACUCCUGUAGCGACCGUACUGGGGUGUCUACAGGACACUGGUCAGGUAAGCACGGUGAGCAUUAUCUGGUAAGCAGCCAGGUAUUUAGAGUUUCGCCCGGUUCUAUAGCUCUGGUUGGACCAUUGAGGUAUCUGCAUAAUGAUGCAUUUACAUGGCACUAUAACAUUAUAUCCUCCUGAGAAAAACAUGUUACGAAGAAAAAGAUAUCAAAAAAAUAUCUGUAUUUACUUUUCUAUUGUACAGUAUGUGCACUGUAGUAGCCAUUAGGACUUGGUUGAUAGUAAAUAGGACAAAUAUAACGUUAUAGUAAAAGUGGCCAGUAAGUUAAAAACAUAGUUAGCGUAUCCAUUACAGAGGACAUUUAUUAACUUGCUCUUAUUAAGCUCUUAUUUAAUGUUAAUGUGAAAAAAAUGAUUACACUGCUCUGAAAACUCACCAAACUAUUCCGGAGAUAUUUACCUAUUAGAAACAAUUUGAAUAUCCAACUCACAAAAUGUAUAAUUACACAAUUACACACACUUACCAUAAAAUGUGAGAAUUUUGAUGUGAGCCAUUUUGAAGAACCAUAAAGACAAAGUGAUCAUGGUGCCACACCACAUGUGAUAUCAUUGAAAAGCCUAGAAUGUCCUCGCAAAGGUAGAACUGGAACUAACAAAGUGGCAUGGAUGGCCUUAGAAAUAUAGACCAAAAACGAAUGUCCAUUAGAAAGGACAAAAAUGAAUUGCUCAGUCUCAGGAGGAUUCUAUGGCAGCCAUGUUAGCGCCCCAUUAACAUUAUAUGUGGCAUAUUUAAAUAAUAUAUGUAACUGAAUGUCUAGAAUUAGAACAAUACUCAAAAUUCUAAAAGUUGGCUCAACUCUCAAAAUACAUGGCUCUGCUGACUACUAUCAGAUUUAACCACAAAGACCAGGGAGGAUUUCCAAUGCCUCACAAAGAAGGGCACCUAUUGGUAGAUGGGUAUAAAAAAAAAGAAGCUGACAUUGAAUAUCCCUUUAAGCAUGGUGAAGUUAUUAAUUACACUUUGGUUUGUGUGUCAAUAUAGCCUGUCACUAAAAAGAUACAAGGGUCCUUCCUAACUCAGUUGCCGGAGAGGAGGGAAACCGCUCAGAGAUUUCACCAUGAGACCAAUGGUGACUUUAAAAGAGUUACAGAGUUUAAUGGCUAUGAUAGGAGACAACUGAGGAUGGAUCAACAACAUUGUAGUUACUACACAAUACUAACCUAAUUGACACAGUGAAAAGAAGGAAGCGGUACAGAAUAAAAAAUAUUCCUAAAUGUGCAUCCUGUUUGCAACAAGGCACUAAAGUAAUACUGCAAAAAAUGUGGCAAAGCAAUUAACAUUUUGUCCUGAAUACAAAGUGUUAUGUUUAGGGCAAAUCCAAUACAACACAUUACUUAGUACCAUGCUCCAUAUUUUUUAAGCAUAGUGGUGGCUGCAUCAUGUUAUGGGUAUGCUUGUAAUCGUUAAGGACUGAGGAGUUUUUCAGGAUAAAAAAGCACAGGCAAAAUCCUAGAGAAAAACCUGGUUCAGUCUGCUUUCCACCAGACACUGGGAGAUUCAUUCACCUUUCAGCAGGACAAUAACCUAAAACACAAGGCCAAAUCUACACUGGAGUUGCUUACCAAGAAGACAGGUGUGGAAAGCUCUUAGACACGUACCUAGCAAGACUCAGAGCUGUAACAGCUGUCAAAAGUGAUUUUCACAUGUAUUGACUCAUGGGGGUUGAAUAAUAGUUUUUACAAUUUGUCUUCCACUUUGACUUUACAGAGUAUUUUGUAUAGAUCAUUGACAAAAAAUGGCAGUUAAAAUCAUUUUUAUCCCACUUUGUAACACAACAAAAUGUGGGAAAAGUCAAGGGGUGUGAAUACUUUCUGAAGGCUCUGUAUGCUAGCUACCUUUUUCCUCUCUCCCUCUGUCUCUCACACUCUCCAGCUUCCUUGUUCUAUCUUUUUCUUUGUUCCCCCCCCGCCAUUGGGCUUUCUUUUUCUCUUUCUCUUUCUUUUCCUGUUGUAUUUGUGCAACUUGCUCUAAUGCAUGCCCUCCCUAUCUCCUUAUCGAUUGGCCCUGCUUGCUCUUUGUGUGGUGAGUUCAUUUCAAUGGUUCACUGCUCAUCUGAGCUGGAUUCCUUAUAGGAGCUGAGGCAAUAAUACACAUGGAGAGAGAGUACAUGGGUGUGUAUUGUGUGUGUGUGUGUGUACAUGCGUGUGCGUGUUUUCUUGUGCUUUUGUGUGCGUGUGCAUGUGUGUGUGUGUGCGUGUGUUUGUGUCCGUAUUUGUGUGAGUGUGUGUCCGUAUUUGUGUGAGCGUGCUUGUGUGUACAAGCGCAUACUGUAUUUGCGUCCCUGUGUGCAUGUGUGUGCUUAGGUUUGUGUGUGUGUUGUAGGGAAGUGUACGUGAGAGCAUAGGAGCCAAUCAACAAAGAGACUGACAUCGCGGUCAAUCGAACAAUGCAUUAUGGGUUAAAUUUCCUCUCCAAUCCUGCCUCAAAUAGUGAAUUAGCUAGAAGUGAAAUAAAUGUCUUAAAUUGUUGCUGCAUCAAUUUAUUCAUGCAGAUUGUGGAGGUUGAGUAAAAAUGUUGACUCUUUGUGUCCUAAUUAGGAAGCUAUGGGAGGGGGAAGGAGUGCUUAACUGUGCAGUUGUGCCAAGAAGUGCAGGCCUAAAAAAUAUGCCUAGUCCCCCCUCUCCCUCCCGUAAAACCUGCCAAUGAUGAUAUAUAAGCAAAGAGAAAGAGCUUUGGAAUAUUUUUUCUGUUAAAUAUUUAAUGAUUUUGCCAAUUUAUAUUCAGCUCACGCUCCAUGGAGUACACAUGCACUUGCACCGACACCCUGGUUUUUAUGUUUCCUUGUUGUUAUUUUUAUUUAUUUAUAUAUUCCAUUUACACUUUCUUUGAAAGGCCAUUUUUUAUGAGUAAUUAUGCCAUUUGUUUGACAAUGGGUUAUGAAAGCUGUGUGCAAUUUUAUUAGGCUUACUGUAAUGGAACAAGUCACUGUAGUUGCAACUUCACAGAGAUCAGUAGUUGUAGUCUAAGCUUAUUUUUGAAACUGUAAAAAAACAUGUUCUAAAAAAUGUCCUCUAGUUUAAGGCUGGAUGUGAGUGUGAGUGGAGGUUGUCUGCCAGACAUAUCCCUUCUGGCGAGAUGAGAUUAGACCGAAAGUGUGUAUGUGUGUGUGUGUCCACGUGCGUUUGCACACGUGCAUGCGCAUGUAUGUGUCCUUGCCACUCCUUUGUGUACUGAGGCUUAAUACCCACUCUCCCAGGUGGAAAGGCUAUCAGGAACCCAGAGAGGAUGACCUUCCUAAUCAGCCCAGCUCAACCCUCCUCUCUGCCCACUGUGCCCAGAGCUCCUGCCAGUCCCAUGCCCGUCUAGAGGCCACCCUCUGGGGGCAAAUCUGCAGAGUAGAACCCACAAUGCAAUGUUUUCUCGAGACAGGCUGGCUGGCUAGGUAUGUAGCUAGCUAGAAAGAUGUAGCUACACACAAUAAUACCAAAGUCAAUAUCAGCAUGCGAAGUAGUUAGUUAGCUGAAAAAUCCCUGAAACAAACUGCACUAUCAAUUUAGGAGGUACACAUUCACCAUGUUCAACCUGGUAGAGAUUGCAUUUCUAGCUCAAAGCUGUGCAAGUCAGGUUGCUAUGGCAAUGUGCAUGGAGGGAGAUGAGAGGAGAAAACUGCUUUGUGCCAUGGUAAUUGAAGGAAGAAAGGAUAUUAAUUUGAUGGUGUACUUUGAAGACAUUUGAACGAAAUAUAUACUUUGUCGUGACGAUAUAGACAGAUGGAUGGGUUUUAGACAAGUAUACCCAUACCAUCUAUUGGCUUAUUAGGCGAUCUGGAGAGCAGGUAAUUGUUUUAAAAGCGUUAUGAAAUGUGAUAGUUUGUUAUCCCCUAUCUCCAGUGACGAGAACCUUAUCAUGAUGACGUGUCAUGUCACAUUUCAAUUUUAGGGUGGAUUGCCCCUUUAAAGAAGGACAGCCAAAGGUCAACCGUCACUCUGGAUGCAGAGCGGAUAAAGAGAGAGAGAGAGAGAGAACAUUGGGAGGUUGUUUUGAAAGGACAUUACUUUCUGCUGUCUUCUCUAACUUAUCUAUCCCUCCAUGACUUUAUCCUUUCUUCUCUAACUUCCUUCACUCUCUCUAUCUUUUUGGCUGAAGUUCAUUCUAUACCCUUUUCCUCACAGUGUGCACUUGUUCACUGUAGCUCUUGGAUGGUACAGAUAGAGUGGAAAGAAACUGUCUAGCCAAGGUUUACACUAAUCCAAUGAUUGUAAAUGAAUGAGGAUUUAAGUCUAAGGCUGCGUCACAGAUAGAACAAUGAGACAGAUAUUUCACCGGGAUGUAUAAAUGUGAAGCUUCCGCUUUGUGUUUCCACUCACUACCAAAUAUGGUAGUGAGAGGAAGCCCAGUGGCUGGCAGUGGGAGAAGAUGGAACGAGAUGGAUUUUGGCCGACAUUCUGCAAAUUUUCUCAUCGAUGAAACAUUUGAUCUCAAUACAAUUUUCUGUUCCUAAAACUAGAAUAUGUAAUGAACAGAGUGGACUAAGUUGUGUAGACUUUACCCUUUUCCAACGUUUUUUUUUAAAAUUGCAUUGUUUAUAAGGAGUGAAAAGGCGAAUUGAGUUAUUGCACAAACGCACUUCACAGAUUAGGCAUUCCGUAACGCGCCAAUAGGAUCUUGCUAGCUCGUGCUUGACUCUGCCCACCUCCUUGCUUGUUCUGCCCACUAUGACUGAUUUGUUCCCAUUUUAAACUACGGGCUGUGGUCUAUCUUGGUUUAGUUAUAAAAAAUAUUUUUAUAGUCUAGAAUGGCUCCCUCCUCUAAUCUCAUCUCAUCCUUAUCUGCUCUGAUCUGACAUCAUUGGGUAGAAUAAGUAAUACGGCAGAAAGUUAUUUGGAUAUCAACUCUCACCUAUUUGUGUUUUUAGAUCUGUAUAAACCAAGGAAAGGACCCAAGAGGAGGCCACUUGGGUCAAAGGGGGGUGAGUGUAGCCAAUGUGGAAUAGCUAGGUAGUUAACUGUGUGUGCGAUAGACUAGCGUCCAUCAGACGACAACACCCGCUCUGAUCCCUAGAAGUAGUUGCUCUCCCAUAGCAUUUGUGGAGUGACAGGUAACGCCGCUUUGUGCGAAGUGUUGUUGGUAGCAGAAGGUUGCUAGUUCGCUUCUAGUGAGGGAUGGACAAAAUCUACUCUGUUACACAUGCAGCCUAACUGGCCUGCUACACUAAAUGUGAGUGUGAGAUGCAUAACUUUUGCAGAGCGCAAGGCGCUCCUAACUCAUGUUAAUUAAACCAGGGCGUAACCAGUGCGACUGUGCAGCUCCCCAGUAACUAUUUCCCCAUCUGUCUCUGUAGGUGAGGCCCAUGACAAGGACAUCCAGGUGGUAGAGUUACCCAUCGUGGAUAGCCUACACCCCCGCCCCCCCUACCUGCCCCUGUCCAUCCCAGAAGACCUAGCCCAGCGCCUCCACCGUCUCCAUGGUGACCCGUCUGUGUGGUGGGUGUCUCAGUUUGUAAAGUACCUGGUGCGUCCUCAGGCCUGGCUGGAGAAGGAGAUUGCGGACACCACAGCCAAGCUGGGUUUCAAGCACCCCAUCAUAGGGUAGGUGGAUGCAUGCACGUACGCAUUAACACACACACAAACACACACAUACACACACACCACACACAGGACACCACGGUCAACCUGGGUCAAACUGGGUUUCAAACACCCCAUCAUUGGGUAGAUAAAUAUGAGGAGGAGACACUUGAGUCUGUCUCUUUCGAGUUUUGGAUUGUAGCGUCCUCUUUCUCUAUCUCUUAGUGUAUGUUUCUCUCUGUUAAAGUUGUCUAAAACUCUUUCUAUAUCUGCGUCAUACUCCUCUCUGUUUCUCUUUCAAACUGUCUCAAACUAUCUCCAUCAUACUCUCUCUGUGAUUCUCUCUCUUCCAUCGUUCUCUGUUUCUCUCUGUCUGACUUUCUUUCUUUUUGUCUGUCUGUCUGUCUGUCUGUCUUUCUGUCUUGUCCGUCUGUCUGUGUUUCUGUCUCUCUUUCUUUGUGUGUCAGUCUCUCGUUUCACCUAUACUUCAAUAGGCCCAGGGGAGCAACUUUGGUUUUAGAAGUGGGGGGGGGGGGCAUAAAAAUACCUACCCGACUGCUCGGAGGCGUCCGCAUGGUCCUAAAGCACACUUUUUGUAUCAUAUUCCAAUGAUAAAACUGGGGGACAUGUCCCCCCCGUCCCCGGUGAAAGUUGCACGCCUGAUUAGGCCUACUUAUUUUUCAGUCUCUUCUGCUACUACCUUUUUCUUUCAACCCUCUUUCAUUCUCCUCCGUUAUGACUCUAUGAAUCAUCCUCCUUUCUUUCCCAAUCAAACUUUCUCUCUCUCUCAUGUUUUCUGCACCUCUAUCCUUUCUUUCACCCGCUCCUCUUUUUUGUCUUUAUCUCCUUUAUUUCGCUCACCUCUUUCUCUUUUUCCCCCGUAUCACUUUCCCUAUUUCCCACCAUUGUCUCUCCCAUAUCUAUCGCUUUGUCUUCUCCUCUCUCCUCUCCUCACCUGCUCCCUCCAUUCUCUCCCCUCUGUCACUGGGGAGCCUAUUGAAAUGAAGAGCUGGUUAGAAAUAAAGUUUUCUCCGCUCCUUUUCUCUUUCUGCUUCCAUCUGAUAAUAUAAUAAAGUGUCGGGGUGAAGAAGAGGGGGAAAGAAGAGAGGGGGAGAGGAGAAAUGGGUAGUGGAGCAGUUGGGGAGGAUUGGGGUUUGGUUGGGGAAGAGGAGGAUAGGGAAUGGGGUGUGGGGGGGGGAGUAUGAAAGCGAGAAGACAGAGAGAGAAAGAGAGAGAGCGAGAGAGAGUGAAAGGGGCUAGAGGAGGAAAGCGAGGGGGGCUUCGGAGGGGGAGGGAGUGUAUGAGGUAUCUCUGAGGACACGAGACGGCAUGGGAGCAAGCCUUUGGCUCCCGUCUCCCUGCAUCUCCACGCUCCUGUGAAGAGCAAUGCCGCUGCAGCAGAGCCUCUACCCUCAGUAGGCCUGCAACACUCCAGACUAAAGCUCUAAAAGCAGCCGUCAGCACAACCCCAGUCCCAGCUCAGCAUCUCACAAGCAGGGGAGACAGCCAGGGAGGAGGGGGAGUGGAGAAGGAGGGAGGGAUGGAUGGGGGGGAUUGAUUACUCACACGCCGUCUGGCACUAAGUGCCCAGGCACGGCCGCUUCGUCUGCCAAGGAACAGGCGGUGGGAUGAAGGGAAGGAAAGAGAACGAGAGGAGGAAGAAAACAGGAGGAUAGAUGAAAGGAGAGAGAGAGCGGGAGAAAGAGAGACAGAGACCAUGGCAGAGAGAAACGACUUGGAGAAGCAGAGAAUGGAGCGGCUCGUAGUCAAGAGUCCCACUUAUAAUCAAAAGUCCCUUCAGAUCAGAUAGAGGGAGAUGGAAAGAGAGAGCGAGAGAGCGGGGGAGUGAAUAUGAAGAUAUGAAUAGUAAGAGAGAGAGAGUUAAAGGGACGUAGAGAAACAAAGAUGUUCACUUUCAGCCUUACGUGCACCUGUAGAGAAUCCCUCCCCCUCCCCCACUCUUUCCCAUCACUCUCUCUCUCUUAAUCCCUCGUUCCCUCUAUUCUCUCUGAUCCAGGAGUGUGUUAGGGUAAAUAAAGGUAUUUGUUGCUUCAGUGAGCAUCCUGAGGACUGGGCUGACUGAUCUCAGGCCAGUUCUGGUAAUUAGACGCACUGUGUUUAUUAUCUCGUUCCUUCGAUUUCUCAUUCACUCUCUCUCUCUCGCUCUUCCUCUCUCUCUCUCGCUCGUAUUCCCUUCGUCUCUACCUCUCUCUUUUCUUUAUUCUCUCCCUCCAAAUCAUAGGCUGGCUUCGUUGUGUUAUGAGGGAUUAAAAAAAGAAAGCACUCACUUGCAGGGCUGGUCUAUUAAUCGUCCGUUCGCUUCUUUCUCCCAUUCAAACCCCUUUUCUUUCUGCCUUUUCUGUCAUUACUCCUACAUUGUGCCACUGGCUCUCUCUCUCUCUCUCUCUCUCUCUCUCUCUCUCUCUCUCUCUCUCUCUCUCUGAUUAUGGGCAAGACAAUAUGUAGUAGCUGAUAGUGAACGUAUUUAUUGAAAGUAUUGCUCUCUCUCCCUCCUUCCACCCUCGUCUCUGUCCCUGUAGGGUCCAUGUUCGGCGGACAGAUAAGGUGGGGACGGAGGCUGCGUUCCACCCUAUAGAGGAGUACAUGGUUCACGUGGAGGAACAGUUCCAACACAUGGCCCGACGUAUCCACCUGGACAAGAAACGAGUCUACCUGGCAACAGAUGACCCCUCACUACUGCAAGAGGCUAAGACCAAGUGAGUGACAACCAAUACCCUUAUAAUGAAGCUUCGGUGUGUGUUUGUGGGGGGGUGAUGGGGGUGUAGAAUUAGUGUGUGUGUGCGUGUAUGUCAGAAUCAGAAUCACCUUUAUUCGCCAAGUACAUUUACACAUACUCAGAAUUGUACUUGGUGAUAUGGUGCUGCUAGUGAUAGACAACAUUUAGAGACAGAAUACAGAGAGAAGAGGCUAAACAAAGUUUCCAUACAUUAUAUACAACUAGGCAGAGUGAGCAUAGAGCUAUAAGAGAAUGAGAAGAUAUACAAAAAUACAGUGGGUAUACGGUUGAUAUACAGUGGGUAUACGGUUGAUAUACAGUGGGUAUACGGUUGAUAUACAGUGGAUGUACAAAUUGACAGUAUCAGUAUGAAUAUGUCUAAAUGCAGAGAGAUGGACAGAGUAUAAUGCAGUAUUGUGCAGUUAUUUUGUGUACAGUUCAGAGAUGGCUUGAUGGGGUGUGCAGCAUAGAGUCUCUAUGGGCCAAAUGGCCGGUUGGUGAGGGCCACAACCCAGAGGAGGGGGUGGGAGGGGUCUGCAAUGAUCUUUCCUGCACGCUUCCUUGCCCUGGAGUCGUGCAGAACCUCGAUGGAGGGCAGGUGGCAACCAGUGACCCUCUCUGCAGACCGGACAAUGCAUUGCAGUUUGCCCUUGCAGCGGGCAUACCCAAACCAGACCGUGAUGGAGGAGGUGAGGAUGGACUCAACGAUUGAUGCGUAAAACCGGAUCAGGAUUGACUGGGAGAUUGUUUUCAGCUGCUGCAAGUAGUACAUCUGCUGGUGUGCCUUCUUGGUGACCGCUGUGAUGUUGUCCUCCCACUUGAGGUUGUGGGAGAUGGUUCCCAGGAAUUUCAAUGAUUCAGCCGUGCUAACAGCUGAGUCAUCAAUCUCGAGGGGGAGAGAUGGUGGGGGGGCAUUAUCGGUCGACCUCUCCACGGUACAUGGACUCAUUGCCAUCGGUGGGGGGGGGGGGGUUCCUGGGAUGGCAGAAGGGUAGAGGAGAGAGGAGCCUGGAGAGGAAUGGGGAAGGGGGGGUAGGGUAGGGUAAAUGGGUGAGAGGGGGAAGUGGCAAGGAGGGGUAGGUGGAGGGGGGUAUUGUCCUGAUGAUUGCGGGGCCUUCGUGAGUCAAAUCUGCAGUAAAACUGAUUUAGUUUAUUCGGCAGUGAGGGGUAGUCUGCCGUCGGGGAGCUUUAGGUUUGUAGUUGGUAAUGGUUUUCAGUCCUUUCCAGACAAAUGAGCAGUAGUCGCUGCAGAACUGUUGCUCUAGCCUGUCUUUUGUACUGCUGUUUGGCUGCCCUAAUUCCCGAGUGUAUCUUUUUCUUGGUGUCUCUAUAGAGGUCCCUGGUCUUGCUCCUGUGGUCUAUUAAUCGUGGUAAACACACGAGCAGCGACCAAAACACUGUGGCUGCCUCAUUGGCCACCCCUGUGUGUGUGUGUGUGUGUGUGUGUGUGUGUGUGUGUGUGUGUGUGUGUGUGUGUGUGUGUGUGUGUGUGUGUGUGUGUGUGCGUGUGUAUGAUUGGCCGUGUCCGAAAUCUGUGUGCAGUAAGCAACAGAUAUCAACAUACUAGGCUCACCCAUACUGAGAAUGCGACAUUUAAUGCGCAAUUGCGUUGUUUCCUGCCAUUCGUUCAUUUUGUUAGCGCAACCUCUUAUCUAAUUAUCAGCCGAUUAUCAGUUGUUGUCAAACACACGCGGGUCUGAAAAGACGUCUCUCUUCCUCAAUAGCGUGCAGCGAAUUCUACUAGAUGAAAAGCCUAAAUGAGUAUGACAUCCUGGCAUUCAAAGCAUACUUAAUUUUCUAAAUUUCACAUAAAACAUUCAAUUUUCCGCAUACCCAAAAUGCCUACUAUUUAGAACGCAAGUACGGGUAUUCGGACACAGCCAUUGUGUUUUUGUUUGUAUGUAGAAGCCCAUAUGGAUAAUGGUAUGUGUUUCCUACAGGUACCCUGACUAUGAGUUCAUCAGUGAUAACUCCAUCUCGUGGUCGGCUGGUCUGCACAACCGCUAUACAGAGAACUCUCUGAGAGGAGUGAUCCUAGACAUACACUUCCUGUCCCAGACCGACUUCCUGGUCUGCACAUUCUCCUCACAGGUAGGGGUGCCAUAUCUCAAGGAUUCUCAAAGUGGGGUGUCCGCAAGGUACUACAGGGUGUCCUCGGCCAGAGCAAAAAAUAUAUAUAUACACUGCUCAAAAAAAUAAAGGGAACACUAAAAUAACACAUCCUAGAUCUGAAUGAAUGAAAUAAUCUUAUUAAAUACUUUUUUUCAUUACAUAGUUGAAUGUGCUGACAACAAAAUCACACAAAAAUUAUCAAUGGAAAUCAAAUUUAUCAACCCAUGGAGGUCUGGAUUUGGAGUCCAUGCGCUGACCCUCAAAAUUAAAGUGGAAAACCACACUACAGGCUGAUCCAACUUUGAUGUAAUGUCCUUAAAACAAGUCAAAAUGAGGCUCAGUAGUGUGUGUGGCCUCCACGUGCCUGUAUGACCUCCCUACAACGCCUGGGCAUGCUCCUGAUGAGGUGGCGGAUGGUCUCCUGAGGGAUCUCCUGCCAGACCUGGACUAAAGCAUCCGCCAACUCCUGGACAGUCUGUGGUGCAACGUGGCGUUGGUGGAUGGAGCGAGACAUGAUGUCCCAGAUGUGCUCAAUUAGAUUCAGGUCUGGGGAGCGGGCGGGCCAGUCCAUAGCAUCAAUUCCUUCCUCUUGCAGGAACUGCUGACACACUCCAGCCACAUGAGGUCUAGCAUUGUCUUGCAUUAGGAGGAACCCAGGGCCAACCGCACCAGCAUAUGGUCUCACAAGGGGUCUGAGGAUCUCAUCUUGGUACCUAAUGGCAGUCAGGCUACCUCUGGCGAGCACAUGGAGGGCUGUGCGGCCCCCCAAAGAAAUGCCACCCCACACCAUGACUGACCCACCGCCAAACCGGUCAUGCUGGAGGAUGUUGCAGGCAGCAGAACGUUCUCCACGGCGUCUCCAGACUGUCACGUCUGUCACAUGGGCUCAGUGUGAACCUGCUUUCAUCUGUGAAGAGCACAGGGCGCCAGUGGCGAAUUUGCCAAUCUUGGUGUUCUCUGGCAAAUGCCAAACGUCCUGCACGUGUUGGGCUGUAAGCACAACCCCCACCUGUGGACGUCGGGCCCUCAUACCACCCUCAUGGAGUCUGUUUCUGACCGUUUGAGCAGACACAUGCACAUUUGUGGCCUGCUGGAGGUCAUUUUGCAGGGCUCUGGCAGUGCUCCUCCUGCUCCUCCUUGCACAAAGGCGGAGGUAGCGGUCCUGCUGCUGGGUUGUUGCCCUCCUACGGCCUCCUCCACGUCUCCUGAUGUACUGGCCUGUCUCCUGGUAGCGCCUCCAUGCUCUGGACACUAGGCUGACAGACACAGCAAACCUUCUUGCCACAGCUCGCAUUGAUGUGCCAUCCUGGAUGAGCUGCACUACCUGAGCCACUUGUGUGGGUUGUAGACUCCGUCUCAUGCUACCACUAGAGUGAAAGCACCGCCAGCAUUCAAAAGUGACCAAAACAUCAGCCAGGAAGCAUAGGAACUGAGAAGUGGUCUGUGGUCACCACCUGCAGAACCAUUCCUUUAUUGGAGGUGUCUUGCUAAUUGCCUAUAAUUUCCACCUGUUGUCUAUUCCAUUUGCACAACAGCAUGUGAAAUGUAUUGUCAAUCAGUGUUGCUUCCUAAGUGGACAGUUUGAUUUCACAGAAGUGUGAUUGACUUGGAGUUACAUUGUGUUGUUUAAGUGUUCCCUUAAUUGUUUUGAGCAAUACACACACACAUACACACACACACAUACACACACACACAUUUUUGAGCAAUACACACACACAUACACAUAUAUUAUUUUUAUGAAUAUUACUAACAGCAACAGAUUAAAUGAAUUAUGGCCAAGGGAUCUGUGGAAUACAUUUAAAGGGUGUAAUACAAUACAAUGUAAUAUUAUUAAUGUACAAUUUAUAUUCUUAAUCCUGUGCAACAUGGGCCUGGGAGGCGCACAGGGAUAUUGGUAUCCUCAGUAUUCCAACAAUUAUAUAUUUUUCAACUCAAUACUUCUUGUAUUCCCCAAAAAUUAUAUAUGUUUUUUUUUACAUAAACGCACUGUAAUUUAAGCUUUAAAACGGCAACGUUUUAUCUCUGCCUCGUGGUAGAAUGAGUAAAAUCACAGGAUAUUAUCUUUAAAGCUGCAACAACAAAACAUCUAUUUUUUAUUCUGAAUUGCAGGAAAUUAGCUUGAAAACUGAAUUUAUUCUCUCUGAUGCCAUGAGGCUGGCCUUUAAAAUGUUCCUUCCCAGGGCCCGAGACUUGGUUCAUCCGGGCAUGUACUGAAGUCAUAGUAAAACUCCUUGUAUUCUACUUUUAUAUAACUUGAUUUGUGUUAUGAUUAUUAGUGGGUCCCUGAUGAAUUUGCUUUUACAAAAGAGGUCCUCAGUCCCAAAAGGUUUGAGAAACCCUGCCAUAUUAUUAUUAUUUUUUGUCAUUUUAGCAGACGCUCUUAUUCAGAACGACUUACAGUUAGUGAGUGCAUACAUUUUCAUACUGGCCCCCUGUGGGAAUCGAACCCACAACCCUGGCGUUGCAAACGCCAUGCUCUACCAACUGAGCUACACGGGACUACACAACACCCGUUAUGGGAAUAUACGGUACAUUAUUCACUGAUCUAUACGGUUACUAACCUGAAUAGCCAACUCCUACUGUCAUUGUCAUGUUAAACAAUGACCAUAGGAGAUGGCAAGACAACAAAUAGAUCUGGGACCAGGCAACUUUUUCAUCUGAACAAAUUUAAAUAGCCACAUAAUGUACAGUGCAUUCGGAAAGUAUUCAGACCCCUUGACUAUUUCUACAUUUUGUUACGUUACUACCUUAUUCUAAAAUUGAUUAAAUCGUUUUUUUUCCCUCAUCAAUCUACACAAAUUACCUCAUAAUGACAAAGCAAAUGCAGUUGUUUUUUAAAUGUUUGCAAAUGUAUUAAAAAUCAAUGUAAAAAAGCAUUCAGACCCUUUAAUCACUACUUUGUUGAAGCAGCUUUGGCAGCGAUUACAGCCUCGAGUCUUCUUGGGUAUGACGCUACAAGCUUGGCACACCUGUGUUUGGAGAGUUUCUCCCAUUAUUUUCUGCAGGUUUUCAUCAAUGAUCUCUCUGUACUUUGCUCCAUUCAUCUUUCCCUCGAUCCUGACUAGUCUCCCAGUCCCUGCCGCUGAAAAACAUCCCCACAGCAUGAUGCUGUCACCACCAUGCUUCACCGUAGAGAUGGUGGCAGGUUUCCUCCAGACGUGAAGCUUUGCAUUCAGGCCAAAGAGUUCGAUCUUGGUUUCAUCAGACCAGAGAAUCUUGUUUCACAUGGUCUGAGAGUCCUUUAGGUGCCUUUUGGCACACUCCAUGCGGGCUGUCAUGUGCCUUUUAUUGAGGAAUGGCUUCCGUCUGGCCACUCUACCAUAAAGGCCUGAUUGGUUGAGUGCUGCAGAGAUGGUUGUCAUUCUGGAAGGUUCUCCCAUCUCCACAGAAGAGCUCUGGAGCUCUGUCAGAGUGACCAUCGGGUUCUUGGUGUGGUCACCUCCCUGACCAAGGCCCUUCUCCCCCGAUUGCUCAGUUUGGCCAGGCGGCCAGCUCUACGAAGUGUCUUGGUGAUUCCAAACUUCUUCCAUUUAAGAAUGAUGGAGGCCACUGUGUUCUUGGGGACAUUCAAUGCUGAAGAAAUGUUUGGUACCCUUCCCCAGAUCUGUGCCUCGACACAAUCCUGUCUCAGAGCUCUACGGACAAUUCCUUCGACCUCAUGGCUUGGUUUUUGCUCUGACAUGCACUGUCAACUGUGGGACCUUUUAUAGACAGGUGUGUGCCUUUCCAAAUCAUGCCAAAUCAAUUUAAUUUACCACAGUUGGACUCCAAUCAAGUUGUAGAAACAUUUCAAGGAUGAUCAAUGGAAAUAGGAUUCACCUGAGCUCAAUUUCAAGUCUCAUAGCAAAGGGUCUGAAUACUUAUUUAAAAUAGUUUUUUUUUUUUUUUUUUUUUGCAAACAUUUCUACAAACCUGUUUGUGCUUUGUCAUUAUGAGGUAUUGUGUGUAGGUUGAUGAGGGGAACAUUUUAUCCAAUCCAUUUUAGAAUAAGGCUGUAACGUAACAAAAUAUGGAAAAAUUCAAGGGCUCUGAAUACUUUCCGAAUGUACUGUACUUCCAUUCAUUUCUGUAAACUGGUACAAGGGGACAUUCAGGCGAGUCUUGUGAGCGUCCUAGAGCAAAUCAACCAACAUUUACAUUUUAGUAAUUUAGCAGACGCUCUUAUCCAGAGCGACUUACAGUUAGUGAGUGCAUACAUUUUUCAUACUGGCCCCCCGUGGGAAUCGAAACCACAACCCUGGCGUUGCAAGUGCCAUGCUCUACCAACUAAGCUACAGGAGGCCUAUAUUGUAUUUGUUCGUGAGGGUCUCACCUUUCCACAGAGGGGUCAUAUUAGUGGCCCAAACUGUUCAGACGCUACAGACAGAAAUUGUCAGAUCGGCUGUACGGAGAACAUGUUCGUGAGAGUCUCAUCUUUCCAUAGAGUUUCUAGGCCAAACCGUUCAGACGCUACAGACAAUUUUGUGAGAAGACCGAUUUUCAGGAUGUCUCAUGGUCUGACAAACACCGCUCUAGAUCUGUCACCUUUCACCACAGAUGUGGAAGUGCGACAUACGUGGAUGCAGUGGAUUGAGACACCUCCAGUGCAAAAAACCCCAGAUACAGUGGGGAGAACAAGUAUUUGAUACACUGACGAUUUUGCAGGUUUUCCUACUUACAAAGCAUGUAGAGGUCUGUAAAAAAAUCCAGAAAAUCACAUUGUGUGAUUUUUAAGUAAUUAAUUUGCAUUUUAUUGCAUGACAUAAGUAUUUGAUACAUCAGAAAAGCCGACCCAUCUUCAAUGCUCUUACUGAGGGAAGGAGGUUGUUGGCCAAGAUCUCGCGAUACAUGGCCCCUUCCAUCCUCCCCUCAAUACGGUGCAGUCGUCCUGUCCCCUUUACAGAAAAGCAUCCCCAAAGAAUGAUUUUUCCACCUCCAUGCUUCACGGUUGGGAUGGUGUUCUUGGGGUUGUACUCAUCCUUCUUCUUCCUCCAAACACGGCGAGUGGAGUUUAGACCAAAAAGCUCUAUUCUUGUCUCAUCAGACCACAUGACCUUCUCCCAUUCCUCCUCUGGAUCAUCCAGAUGGUCAUUGGCAAACUUCAGACAUGCCUGGACAUGCGCUGGCUUGAGCAGGGGGACCUUGCGUGCGCUGCAGGAUUUUAAUCCAUGACGGCGUAGUGUGUUACUAAUGGUUUUCUUUGAGACUGUGGUCCCAGCUCUCUUCAGGUCAUUGACCAGGUCCUGCCGUGUAGUUCUGGGCUGAUCCCUCACCUUCCUCAUGAUCAUUGAUGCCCCACGAGGUGAGAUCUUGCAUGGAGCCCCAGACUGAGGGUGAUUGACUGUCAUCUUGAACUUCUUCCAUUUUCUAAUAAUUGUGCCAACAGUUGUUGCCUUCUCACCAAGCUGCUUGCCUAUUGUAUUGUAGCCCAUCCCAGCCGUGUGCAGGUCUACAAUUUUAACCCUGAUGUCCUUACACAGCUCUCUGGUCUUGGCCAUUGUGGAGAGGUUGGAGUCUGUUUGAUUGAGUGUGUGGACAGGUGUCUUUUAUACAGGUAACAAGUUCAAACAGGUGCAGUUAAUACAGGUAAUGAGUGGAGAACAGGAGGGCUUCUUAAAUAAAAACUAACAGGUCUGUGAGAGCCGAAAUUCUUACUGGUUGGUAGGUGAUCAAAUACUUAUGUCAUGCAAUAAAAUGCAAAUGAAUUACUUAAAAAUCAUACAAUGUGAUUUUCUGGAUUUUUGAUUCUGUCUCUCACAGUUGAGGUGUACCUAUGAUAACAAUUACAGACCUCUACAUGCUUUGUAAGUAGGAAAACCUGCAAAAUCGGCAGUGUAUCAAAUACUUGUUCUCCCCACUGUAUCUCUAGCUUAAACUGACAGAUUUUCAUGAGAAUGUAUGUAUUAUGCUAAUUAGAUUUCCGCAGGGGCACGGACAUCGACCUUAGGGGUUUAAACUCUGUAACUGUUUUAAAGUUACCAUGGGCCUCAUGAUGAAAUCACUGAGCGGUUUCCUUCCUCUCCGGCAACUGAGUUAGGAAGGAUGCCUGUAUCUUUGUAGUUACUGGGUGUAUUUCAAAGGGAUAUUCAAUGUCUACUUUUUAUUUUAAUUUUACCCAUCUACCAAUAGGUGCCCUUUUUUUGCAAGGCAUUGGAAAACCUCCCAGUUUUUUUGGGUUGAAUCUGUGGUGAAAUUCACUGCUCGACUGAGGGAACCAUGAAGAUAAUUAUAUUUGUGGGGUACAGAGAUGAGGUAGUCAUUCAUAAAUCAUGUUAAACACUAUUAUUGCAUACAGAGUGAGCCCAUGCAACUUGUUAUGUGACUUGUUAAGCAAAUGUUUACAACUAAAUUUAUUUAGGCUUGCCAUACCAAAGGGGUUGAAUACUUAUUGACUCAAGACAUUUCAGCUUUUCAUUUUAAAUUAAUUUCAAACAAUUUCUAAAAACUUAAAUCCACUUUGAUUUGAUGGGGUGUUGUGUAGGCCAGUGACACAAAACCUCAAUUUAAUCCAUUUUAAAUUCAGGCUGUAAAAAGUGAAGGGGUGUGAAUAAUUUCUGAAGGCACUGUAUCUCUAAUUCCUGUUUCCUGUAUAUCUACUUCCUGUUUUCCAUAUCUCUACUUCCUGUUUAUACUUCCUGUAUCUCUACUUUCUGGUUCCAGGUGUGCCGCGUGGCCUACGAGAUCAUGCAGACGCUGCACCCGGAUGCUUCCUCUUUCUUCCACUCGCUAGACGACAUCUACUACUUCGGGGGCCAGAACGCCCACAACCAGAUCGCCAUCUACCCCCACCACCCCCGCAGCCCUGAAGACAUACCCCUGGAGCCCGGUGACAUCAUCGGCGUAGCGGGGAACCACUGGGACGGCUACUCGAAAGGGGUCAACCGUAAAAUGGGCCGCACCGGCCUCUACCCGUCCUACAAAGUCAAGGAGAAGAUCGAGACCGUGAAGUACCCCACGUACCCCGAGGCGGACAAGCUGCUCUCAAACUCCCAACGGAAGUGA